AUGACCUCAGAUACAGCAGCAACACCGAAUACAAAUGAAAUGACCAAAUGUUGUAGUAGCACAGAUUGUGGCUAUAUUGCGGAACUGAAAGCGUUUAUACGUGAUGUGACAAAAGAUGCUGUGACGAAUGGUGGUGGUGGCGUGGAGAACGGAGGUACAGGUAAUGCUGCAAGCGGUGUAACCGGGAAUGGCAUUGGGGAAUUGCGCACCCGAAACAAUGCUGAAACAUAUCCGGUAAAUGAAGCUGAAGAACUACAGGCAGAGGUCUGCAUUCAUGUAUGGCAAAAAUUAGCCAGCUGUCCGGAACACUUUCGCCUGGGCUUACACCAACUGAUAAAAAAUGAAAUUUUAAGUGAAUUAAAUAAUGUCAAAGUACGAGAGGACCUAAUUGAACCGAACAAACAGCAGCAGCAGAAUAAUACCGAAUUGGAUGCUGGACAAAUUAAAUGUUUUGAUUUACUAAAACUGCAGAAGUUCAUUAGUCAACAAUUGGAUAGAAUUUUAUUACGCUUAUCCGACAAUUCUAAAGAGGAUGAUUUGAAAACAUGUGGUGAGUGUCAGUGCUCAAAAAGGGAUGCUGGCACGGUACAGCUACCGCCGUGUUCGGUUAUGCAAAUUAAAAAUAAACCAAGAAAAAUGGAAGAUCGACAUGUGUGCCUACCUAGAUUUGGUGAGUUAUAUGGCCUUGAGGCGCAACACAGUUUCUUUGGUGUGUUCGACGGCCACUCAGGGGCACUGGCGGCAACAUAUGCUGCCAAUCAAAUGCCGUACUUGGUUUCAAAAUACUUGAAGGAAAUGAAAAUCACAGCAUGUCAAACGGAAACAGAUUUCUAUAGGGAUGUCCUGGAGGCAAGCUUCUUAAAGGCCGACUCAAAUUUUGCUCAAAAAUCAUUGGGUAGUGGCACCACAGCUGUUUGUGCCCUAUUGAAAUACACCAACAACAGCAAUGUGACGGCAAAUCAUUUGUAUGUGGCAUGGGUAGGUGAUUCCAGAUGUUUACUAGUAUCACCCACUGUCUCGUUGCAGUUGGUGAAGCCACAUAAACCCGAUUCAAUGGAUGAACGGAAACGCAUCGAAUCGAUUGAAACUGGCGGUGCUGUGGUCUUUGUACAUGGCCAGUGGCGUGUCAAUGGCAUCAUUAAUGUUUCCCGUUCGAUUGGUGAUCAUUCGGUUAAGGCUGUUAUUGCUGAACCGGAUUUUGUUGAUGUACCACUACAAUCCUCGCAUGAUUUUCUAAUAUUGGGAUCUGAUGGUCUGUGGGAUCAUGUUACGGAAGCGGAUAUUGUCAAAUGCACAUAUAAAUCUUUGGCCGAUGUGCAACAGCCAUUGGAAGAUAUUCCCAAACAGUUAAUAGAAUUGGCCAAAAAGGGAGAUUCUCAAGAUAAUAUAACUGUUAUGUUGGUGUUGCUGAAAGAACGCUCAAAUAUCAUAGAAAAUUAUACAAAAAAUUUUGUGGACAAAACCACAUAA